AUGACGAUGGCGUGGAUGCUUAAAGGAGAGUAUGAUUUUCUUGUUUCCUCUCUGGCAGAGCGCCUGGACAUUGCAAAAUGUCGAGGACUGCUGUCGUCCUCCCUGGACAUGCGACUGGUUUACUCGCGUGAUCCUACGUUUGUACAUUACUACGGCACCGGCAAGGCGUAUCUUGGGCGGUACAUUGAGAAGCACUUGAACAAAACCGGACUGGGUCUACAGAGCACGUUCAUGCACAAGUCGCUGGGAGCCAGCAUUGUCGAUGACUGCAACCUGGCCCACAUUUUCCAUGUUCUUCGCGUUGAAGAGCUUCUUGAAGCCAAUUCACAAUGUCUUCCUGUCACCGCCGCUGCGUCCAUCAUUAUUGCUAUUGUUGGGGAAUUGGAUGCGAUGAGAAUGGGCCUGCUGAAUAUGCAGAAGGACGUGCGGGAGCUCGACAAUUUCAGGCGAGACAGCGCAAAGUUUCUCACCAAUGUUCUACAGACUCUCGUUGAGUUUAUCGUGGAAUCCGGUCGCGAUCGUUUCACCUAUAUCAAGGAAGCUCUUCUUUUGCCUACGACCACGCCGCCUCGACCCAUUCCCAGCCUUGGACAGCUUCCUCCCAGCAACUCUCAACAAGUCGUUUCGGAUAUAGCCUCAUCUGGCAAUGCAUUCAGUUUGGCAGCUCGUCUGGCUCAAGAUGACGGGAACGCACAGGAUUUCGGAGGCGGUCGCGAGUAUCUAACCUCUCUCUAUGCCCUCUACAGGCGCGGCGACCUGCAGCUCGAGACGCUCCUUAAUAGUGGGAGCAUUGUGUCCAUUUGGAGGCGGCUCAAAGCCCUUUUUGAUCUGCCACGCGCCACUGCCCAGGAUCUCAUCCGCUGGGCGGUCAUUCGUCAGGCUCCUCGUCUCAAUAGUCCGUUUCUUGUCACGGUUUUGAGAGCAGGUGUCAAGGCUUGGUGCUACGAAAACGAGUUGCAGAAAAUCGACAUUGUGAGGGGGGCAGGGGUAGGCGAACUAUCAAAGAAGAUCGCUUCGAUGAUCUGUGUCAGGGUGGAUCGCGGGUUCAUUGACCUUCCCAUGGAUGAAGACAUUUUUGAUGACGAUACACUCGACAAGUGGUUCGCGCCGUAUCGGAGCGAGGCUUUUGCACAUACAGGUCGUUACUCAAGACUGAACGUGACGGAUAACAAUCUGUACCGCUUGGUUCCUACAAAAUAUGGAACUGCAACGAUGAAGCAAGUUGCCAUCGUUGUUAUGGUGUGCGGCCUGCACGGACAUUCGGGAAUGGAAUCCCGUCUGUUUUUAGUUUAA